AUGGAGAACGUUGUCGUGCUGAUUGUUGGUGCUGGUCCAGCAGGCCUCGCGACAGCAGCAUGCCUUACCCAGUUCUCCAUUCCCUACGUCAUCGUCGAGCGUGAGGACUGCAGCGCGUCACUUUGGCGCAACCGCGCAUACGACCGCUUGAAGCUGCAUCUUGCAAAGGAGUUCUGUGAGUUACCACACAUGUCAUACCCAGCAGAUGCACCAACAUACAUUCCAAAAGCCCUGUUUGUCAAGUACUUGGAUGACUAUAUGGAGCGCUUUGAUAUUCAACCGAAGUAUCUCACUAGCGUGGAGUCAUCGAAAUAUGAGAAUGAUAAGAAGUGUUGGUCCAUCGUGGCUCGUGACAUGGCGGAGGGCACAACAAUGAAUUUUGUUGCAAAGUUCCUUGUUGUGGCAAGUGGUGAGAAUAGUGCAGAGAAUAUUCCUGAUAUUCCAGGACUUCACAGUUUUCCGGGUGAGGCCAUCCACUCGUCAAGAUACAAGUCAGGCAAGAGCUUCUCCGGUAAGACCGUGUUGGUCAUUGGAUCUGGCAACUCCGGGAUGGAAAUCGCUUACGACCUUGCGACCCAUGGUGCCAAUACUUCGAUUGUUAUACGAAGCCCGGUUCAAGGAAGCAUUAGUAAGAUCAUGGGCAACAUAGUAAAAUUUCAAUCUGGGGAUGAAAUCCCAUUUGACGCAAUUGUGUUCGCAACUGGAUACAAAAGCACAGCAAAUAUGUGGCUCAAGAAUGGUGAGAGCAUGUUAAAUGAAAAUGGACUGCCAACCAAAGAAUAUCCGAAUCACUGGAAAGGUGAAAACAGGCUCUACUGUGCUGGGUUGGCAAGGAGAGGAUUGGCUGGUAUUGCUGCGGAUGCUAAGAGUAUCGCUGAUGACAUUAAAUCGGUGAUAGGUUCUAUGUGUGGCUAAAUUAGCUUUUAUAGGUAG